AUGAAUAAAAUCUUAUCAGAUUCAAAUCCAUCUUUAAUUACUGCUGGACUUCCCUCAAGUUCACUAAUAAAAUCUCAAUUAAAACGUAAUCAACAUGUAAAUCAAAAUCAAGCAAAUGAUACUCAACCAAUUAUUUUCAAUUCUCAACAAGAUAAUAGUAGUCAAUAUACAACACUUUCAAAUCGUACUCUAUCAGAUACAUAUUUAAAUAUCUCAUCUAAAGAUAUGAAGGAUAUUAUGACAGCAUUACAUACUCUAGCUAAAUAUAUACAAUAUGAUGUUGAUAAUAAAGAUCAUUAUCUAACAAUGCUUCAUUCUAAAAGUACAAAUCAUACUUUAAAAAGUUCUACUCAACCAAAUAAUUCUUUUUAUCAUUAUCAUCGAUCUUCAAUACAAAAUAGACGGCAUUCAUUAUCAUCGGAUCAUCAUCAUCAUAUCAAACAUCAUCAUCGAAAUUUAGUUGAAGAAUUUCAACAUGAUCUAUAUGAUAUGAAACGUAAACAACGCGAACAUCAAAUUCUACGUCAAUUACAAUAUCAUAAGAAUCUAUCAAGUUAUCCUUCAUAUAGUUCGAAUGCAAUGCUUUAUACAACAUCGACAUGUAAAUCAAAUAUACGACCUAGACAAAUCUAUCAUUAUUCUCGACACCAUCAAUCAGCAAUAAAAACAUAUUCACAAGAUCAAUAUCAACAAUCAAUCAAAAAAAUUCGAUCGUCAUCAUCAAUACCUCUAUCUUCUUAUAUUAUUCUUGAUAAAUUUAUUUAUAUCAAUAAAAAUGAUUCCAAUUUAAAUCUUCAAUUAUUACCACAACAAGUUCAUACAUUACAAAUACUUCAAAAUAAUUAUAUACAUAGUUUUCUAUCUCUUAAUUCAUUAAAUUUAAAUAAAAAUGAUGUUGCUACACAAUGGAGUUUACAAAUGCCAAUCGAUGUAUCGAAAUCUUUAGAAUUACCUCCUACACGUACAGAUUCAAAUAUUUUAACUGAAGAAUUUUUAACAACAUUCAAUCUGCCAAUAUCUUGUAAUAAACGAUCUCGUCAUUAUACAUCUCGAACUAAUCAAAAAAUAAAACGAUCACGUACUCAAUCAAAUAGUGAUCGAUUAAUAACUAUAAUUCAACCAUAUAAUUUAAAAGAAGAUUCAUCGCUAGAUUUUUUUGAUAUUGAUACAACAUUUUCCGAUACAUACGAUCGAUUAUUUACUGAUAUAACAACAUCAGCAAAAAAAUACAUCGACUAG